CAAGGUCUUUGAAAAAGCGGCGCGGCUAAUUCAAGAUGGCGGAGAUGGACCAGCUGUUAGACGAGAGCUCUUCAGCAGAGGCACUUGUGAGUCUAAAAGAAGGGAGUUUGUCCAACACUCUGAAUGAAAAGAACAGCUUCUCAAGAGCUCACAACACCAGGGGACAACAUUCCUCCCACUCAAUGGAGACGCCCACACGGAGCUCAAAGAGGAGCCGUUUGUUUCGGGAGGAGGAUGAGCCGCCUCAGCAGCGUCUCCCCUCCAGAUCCCCUCGGAGGAGCCAAAGGGUCUCCACCACACCACAGAAAUUUUCUAAUGUGGUGACACCUGAUAAGAAGGCAUCCCAGAAAAUAGGGCUGAGAUUAAGAAACCUCCUUAAGCUACCCAAAGCUCACAAAUGGUGCAUCUAUGAAUGGUUCUAUUCCAAUAUUGACAGACCUCUCUUUGAGGGAGACAACGAAUUCUGCCUGUGUCUGAAGGAGUCUUUCCCCAACCUGAAAACAAGAAAGUUGACCAGGGUUGAGUGGGGAACAAUCAGGAGACUGAUGGGGAAACCUCGGCGGUGUUCGUCAGCAUUCUUUGCUGAGGAGCGGACAGCGCUGAGACAGAAGAGGCAGAAGAUGCGCCUGCUGCAGCAAAGAAAGCUGUCUGACGUAUCAAACUGCAAAGACCUUCCAGAUGAAAUUCCCCUGCCACUCAUUAUAGGAACAAAAGUCACUGCUCGACUCCGAGGCGUCCAUGAUGGGCUGUUCACAGGGCAGAUUGAUGCAGUUGACACCAGUGCUGCCACCUAUCGUGUCACCUUUGACCGCAGUGGCCUGGGAACACACACUGUGCCUGACUACGAAGUCCUGAGUAAUGAGCCCAAUGAGACCAUGCCCAUUUCAGCCUUUGCCCAGAAGCAUCGGACAUCACGCUACAUGCAGAACCUCAUGACUCCGCCCAGAGGGCCUUAUCCGUCCGCCACCACUCCAGUCCUCAUGGACAAUGACCCUCUUAUCAACCAGUCACCAUGGAGGAACAAACUGCCUGGUGCUGAGGGAGACACUCUGGGAGGAUUUCCUGUCAAAUUCCUUGUCCAAGUGACGAGGCUGUCCAAGAUCCUCAUGAUCAAGAAAGAGCACAUCAAGCAUUUAAAAGAAAUGAACACAGAGGCAGAGAAACUGAAGUCGUACUCAAUGCCUAUUGACCUAGACUUCCAGAAGCGAUAUGCCACCACAGUGCUUGAGCUUGAACAGCUCAAUAAAGAUCUCAACAAGGUGCUUCAUGAAGUUCAACAGUUCUGCUGUGAGCUCGCUCCAGAUCAGGGCAUGGUUCCCGCUGACCAUCCCACAGAGCUGCGGCGGCGUUGUGAAGACGAGGCCCAGCAGAUGGUGCAGCUGAGCAACUCACUGAAGGACGGACAGCAGAGUGUGACAAACCCCAGCCUCACACAACUCAUCUCCCGCCUCACGGCUCUACUGCUACAGAUCAAGUGUCUGGCAGAUGGAGGAGACCUGAAUUCAUUUGAGUUUAAAUCUCUAACAGACUCCCUUAAUGACAUCAAGGCAUCUAUUGAUCCCUCCAACCUCAGUUGCUUCCAGAAUAAUGUCGAGAUCCACGUGGCACACAUCCAGAGUGGCCUUAGCCAGCUGGGCAAUCUGCAUGCAUUUGCGGCCAACAACACCAAUGCAGUCUGAGUACCUGUAUCAGCCACACACAGGUGCAUGCACACACAGAGGUGUGGGCCUUUUUUAAAAUAUCAUCUUUUGAGAUGGUGCUUUCACCUGAACUGUUUAAAAAAAAAAAAAAAGAGACUGAAAACAAAAAGCCCUUGUGGAUGCUGUGGAUCACCACCAUACAGUCUGAAUUUGGAUGUCCUCUGUGAAGCGACUCAGAGUUCUGCAGAAGCUUUGCUCUGACGGGAGGGAGGAUGUCUCUAAGUAUUUUACUCACCCAUUUUAUUGUAUGAAAAUGUUGGUGCACCCUAUUGAACACAAACCUGAAAGAGUCUUAAACUAUUGCCACCAAUCCAAUUCUCCAAACUCAAUGGUUAUUUAUUGGUUUCAUGUGCCAAACAUUGAUUCUUACAGUUUUUAUAGUCCAUAUUUAUUUAUAUUUGAGUAGGUGUGUAUGGUUACGAAACAAUAUUUUGCUAUCUCUAAAGUUUCCCCCUGUUAGUGUUGUGUUCUGUUGCUCCACUGAUGGUAAGCACGGGGGGGGGGGGCGGCUAAAGAAUGUUUUAUAAAAUUGUUUAUUGUAGAUAAUUGUACAAUAUCUCUGAUUAUUAGGACUAUCGUCAACAUUUCUGCUGUGUGUUCAGAAAUGGCUUUUGUAAUUUUGUGUGCACUGAAAAGAGAUUUUGGUAUUUUUAUAAAGGAGCGCUCCGGGGUUUCGAUGCCUUUUACUUCCUGAGAUGAUCUUAGCAUUUCCAUAUUUGGCAUGGCUGUUGCUGCAACCCCCACACUAAGCCUGCAUCACUGAUGUAACCUCUAAAAAUUCAAGUCAACAGUUUUUUCCCCUAGAGAAUCUCCUUUUUCAGUUUUGUAAAGUUGUAUAUGAGAGUGCCACAGGGCAAUUGUAUAUAAAUGUUUCCGUCUUUUUAUAUUAAACAUAAUAUUGCAAAGCA